AUGUUCAAUGUUAAAAUUAAAGUCAAAGAAGGCAAUAAUACAUUGCCACGAAGUAAACGUGCCGGUUCGAUAACUAGCACAAGUAGUGGUGGUGUUGGUGGCGGCGGCGGUAUAUUGACCGGUCGCAAUAGUCCUGCCACAACCAGUUUACGUAGCUCUUUGGCCUCAUCGAAUCGUAGUCCGAGCAAUUCACUAAAACGUAAAGAUAAACGUGUAAGAAUUGUCACCACAUAUAUGCCCGAAGAUGACAGGCUAUAUCAACAACAGCAGCUACAACAACAACAACAACGUGUCCGGAAUUAUGAUACUUUGGAUGGUGUUACCGAACUACGUCUGGAACAGUAUGAAAUACACAUUGAACGCACUUCGGCCGGUCUGGGUUUGAGCAUUGCCGGCGGCAAGGGCUCAACACCGUUCAAGGGCGAUGAUGAUGGCAUUUUCAUAUCACGUGUCACCGAAGGUGGUCCCGCCGAUUUGGCCGGUCUUAAAGUUGGUGACAAAGUUAUCCGUGUAAAUGGCAUACCCGUUGUUGAUGCCGAUCAUUAUCAGGCUGUGCAAGUGUUGAAGGCCUGUGGUGCAGUUUUGGUUUUGGUUGUGCAACGUGAGGUCACACGUUUAAUUGGCCACCCCGUAUUCAGUGAGGAUGGUUCAUUGUCACAGAUUUCCGUUGAAACACGUCCUUUGCCAGCUGCUGCCGUAAUGCCAGCACAAACACAAUUACAACAACAACAGCCAGCAGUGACACAUCAUGAACGUUAUAUACCACCACCUCUAGAUAUUCUGCCCGAGCAACAGGAACAGACGGCUCAGCAACAGCAUGCUUAUCAAGCAAAUGUAUUUACCACUCCUGGAACAGUUACGGCUGCAGCAGUAUCUGAUCCACAUCAACAACAGCCACAGCAACAUGUAGGUGGUGCAGUUUCUACAAACGGCAUUUUCGAAAAUGGCAAGGAUGGACCAUUGAGUUAUAUAACGCUGCACACCACAUUGAUACGCGAUCAAAUUGGUCAAGGUUUGGGCUUCAGCAUUGCCGGUGGACGAGGUUCACCACCCUACAAAGAUGGAUGUGAUGGUAUUUUCAUUUCACGCAUAACUGAAGGUAGUCUGGCACAUCGCGAUGGCAAAAUAAUGGUGGGAGACCGUGUAAUGGCGAUUAAUGGCAAUGACAUGACAAAUGCCCAACAUGAUGCUGCUGUCCAAUGUCUGACACAACCACAACGUUUUGUUCGUUUGGUUUUACAAAGAGAAUAUCGAGGACCAUUGGAUGCACCCUUGAGCCCACAUAGUCCGGCCGUAUUGAAUGCAUUGAGCCCUUCAGGUUAUCUAAACAAUCGUCCGGGUAAUUUUAAACGUUCCAUUGGUGACAUGAUUGACGAACAGCAUCAACAGUACCAACAACAACAGCAAAUGAUUUACCAAUCCCAAACGCCGGCUCCAGUAUCCUAUGAUUCGAAUAAAAAUCUAGCAACAACAACAAUGCCUCCUGCAUCAUCUGUAAGUCCUAAUAUAGUGCCUGCAACAAAAGCAAAUGGCUUUGCCAAUGCAACAGUUCAUCAUCAACAACAACAAAAUCAGCAGCUGCAACAGCAGACAUCUCCUGUGAUGCAACCCCAACAAAUUGACAAAGUAACAGGUUUACCCGUGCCAGCACCCAGACGUUCUAAUUCCAUACCACUGGGUGAUGGCCCAAGCACCGAUACAACAGUCGCUCCAACAACAACCACAUCACCAGCAUUAAAUGCUACGCAACAACAACAACCACCAACAUCAAAGGCAUUAACAUCUCCUGGUGCAGCGCAUCAAAAUGGUACAUUCCCUCCUCAUGCAGUCACAACGGCUAAUGCCAAUGCUGCCACCGCUGAUCCAAUUGAGACUCAGCCACCACCUUUACGGCCAUUGACGAGUGAAGAUUUUCAGGCAAUGAUACCGGCACACUUCCUCAGUGGUGGAUCCCAGCAUCAGGUGCAUGUGGCACGGCCGAAUGAAGUGGGUGUGGCUGGUGUUACUGUGACCGUCAAUAAGGCUGUUCCCGAUAUGCCCAUGUUCCCAGCAGCUCCCACCGAAUUGGGUCGCAUUACCGAAACCAUUACCAAGUCAACAUUUACGGAAACGGUUAUGACCCGUGUUACCGAUAAUCAUUUAGCGGAACCCCUAAUAAGUGAGGAAGUGAUUUUACCCAAAAAUCAAGGAUCUCUGGGUUUCAGCAUAAUUGGCGGUACCGACCAUUCAUGUGUACCAUUUGGUGCUCGCGAACCGGGUAUUUUUAUAUCACAUAUUGUACCUGGCGGCAUUGCCUCAAAAUGUGGUAAAUUGCGUAUGGGUGACCGGAUACUUAAAGUUAAUGAUACCGAUGUGUCACGUGCCACUCAUCAAGAGGCUGUAAUGGAGCUACUUAAGCCUGGUAAUGAUAUUAAGCUAACCAUACAGCAUGAUCCAUUGCCAGCCGGAUUCCAGGAAAUUAUAAUCAGCAAAACUGAUGGUGAACGCCUGGGCAUACACAUUAAGGGCGGUCUUAAUGGUCAGCGUGGCAAUCCAGUUGAUCCCACAGAUGAGGGUGUAUUUGUUUCGAAAAUAAAUUCCGUUGGUGCGGCCAGACGUGAUGGAAGGCUUAAGGUCGGCAUGCGUUUGCUCGAGGUGAAUGGUAACUCGUUACUGGGCGCCACACAUCAGGAUGCUGUCAAUGUCCUUCGCAAUGCCGGCAACGAUAUACACUUGGUCGUCUGUAAGGGAUACGAUAAAUCCAAUUUGAUUCAUUCUAUUGGUACAGCUGGUGGCAUGAGCACCGGCUUUAGUCGUCAUGGUUCACGUGCCUCAGAGACUGGUUCAGAGCUCAGUCAAAGCCAAAGUACAUCCAGUUUGGAUCGUGAUGAAGAUGAACGUCUAAAGCAUCAGGAUUUGGAAGUUUUUGCAACAAAAACUGGAACGAAUAAUGAACAGCAACAACAACAAUUGCCAGUAGUGGCACACACCACACCAGCAGCAACCUCAGUAUUAACAGCAAACACCGCUCCACAAACCACCAACGCCACCACUGUGCCAAAGGCAGCUGCAACAGAUGUUCUACCCCCACAUCAGGCUUCAUUGCAUCAUGACGCGGCGCUUGUUGCCCAAAACCCAGAACAGUCCUUGGCUUCCACAAAAGAAAAGAGUACUCCUGAAAAAGUAUUAGAAAUUGUACGAGCUGCCGAUGCAUUUACCUCAGGACCACCUAAAUCACCAUCGGAACAUCAUGACCAGGAUAAAAUCCAAAAGACUACCACGGUGGUGAUAUCAAAGCAUACACUUGACACAAAUCCAGCACUGCCAGCGGCGGCAACAUCACCUACAGGUGUGGCGGGUAGUGGUGCUACAGUGGCAAGUGGAGGUGUUGGUGGCACUGCUGUUACACCCUCACCAACUUCGUCCUCCACCACAACAACUUCAUCACCUGUUUCACAGCCUCAGACACCCCAGAGCUCGAAAACUGGAAACAAAACUCCGGCCAAGAAGAGGGAUCCUCAUUAUGAGUACAAACAAAUGAUAAAUGAAAUGGAAACACAAAGUGAACCUGAAGAUGAGGAGCCGGAGGAGGAGGAUGAGGUGAAGGAGAAGGGCGGCGACAAGGUGGUUUCCAGUGAAGUAAAAGUUGAGCCGGUGUAUAUCAUAGAUGACGAUGAUGAUGACGACGACGAAGAUGACGAUGAUGAAGAACAAGAGGAUGAGGAGGAAGAAGAAAAUAAACCAGAUGAAACCCCCUCUCCCGUGGAACCCACGCGCCCAACUGUUGAUCACUUAGACACCGAUUCCGAUUAUUAUGAAAGAAAUCGCCCAGCGGCCCGUUAUACCAGCGAUUCGGAAAGUGAUAGCCAACGAGUACACAAGGCUCGUCUCCAAACAGCUUCUGGACGUAGUACUCCCGAUCUCUCAUCUACCAAUUAUGGUCGUCAUCAUCGUAAAUCGGUUAGCUUUGAUUUAAGUGGUGAUGAACGUUCCAAAUCCGAUUAUGAGCGAUCCAAAACACCCGAUUAUUUCACCUCUCGACACUAUGAAUCCGAACAAGAAUAUAAUCCCUCUCGGCUGCGUAUGCCACGUAAAGGUAUUUUACGUUCCACCAGUCCAUCGUCUUCCAAUAAUUCUUCUUUGGAGAAGAAACGUCCCGAAAAGUUACCACCCUUGGUGCCGACUGUGGCCCGGAUAAAAGAAAUUGAAUCACCAGUGGUGCAAAGGGCCAUUUCUCCCUCUCCUUCGCCGAAUUAUGGCAACACUUCGGGACGUUUGGCAAGUCCGCCACCACCAGCAGAAAAGGUCUUAGUCUCCUCGGAAAUCGAAAGGGAUAAUCCCUUCCGUGAGGCAUUUUUAGAUAAAAAUCGUACCGAUGAAUAUACUGAAAUUGCCAAGGCCAUAUCGAAAUCACCGCGUUCUCCCAAAGAGAAUUAUUUCUUUGGUCCAAAAUCUGGCUGGAAAUCAAAUGAAGAUCUUUUGAAAUCCGAAAGAUUGAGAACCACAUCUUCACAGCAAUCGAAGUCAACGGAAAAUCUUUCAUCUCAGCCUCUGAGAAAACCCCCACCACCUCCGCUCAUGCCAAAACCGAAAUUGAAGAAGGCCGAUCUGAUGCGUAACUUUGCCUUGGAAAGCUUCCAGAACAGCGAUGUUGGCCAUGGAGAUUUUGCGGUAUUCGAACAUGAUCCCACCACAAAUCAAAUACACGAGGUGGCACGACCACCCACCCCUGGUGCCAAAUUGCCGGUAAGGGUUAAAACACCGAAGAGUCCCAUUACCCCCAGACCCAAAGAUAGUCCUCCUCCACCGCCGGUAAAUUACGCCACAUUACCCAAACUUCCACCAAAAAUGCAGCCAACACUGGGCACUAGCGAGGAUACGCCACAAUAUAUGGAAAUUUUGCCGCCAUUACCACCACCCGUGCCGACUCUUUAUGCAGUGCCGUCCAUAGAUGAAGUGCCGCCAGCUCAACGUCGCCCUGCUGAUUUUAUCCAUGAAAAUUCUCCUGACAACAUCCUUGUUACGGAGGAGGAACAUCGCACAAUUUUACUGCAAGAGAAUGAGCUACGCAAUCAAAUACGACGUUCGGCGGCCAGUCAUAUACCGGAAUUGGGUGUACCGCAUGAAAAAGCCCCACCAGUGCCCAGUAGUAGUAGUCAGUCGACAUCACAACAUCAACGUCAUAUGGUAAAUUCCCUAGCCGAUGAAGAUUUAGAUUUCCCCCUACCACCAACACCUCCCAUGUCCCUUAGUGAUAAUAUACCCCUAUCCUAUGCUUUAUUGAAAAAAGAAUUACCUUUACCGCCACCACCUGCUAAGCAGGAGGAUGUUAAUGCUAAGAAUGCGGCUAGUGAAAAUGAAACUGAAACUAUUUUAAAUAUUGGUAAUACUAACAAAAUUAUUGCUUCCACAUCUUCUUCUUCCUCUACCACUUGUUCUUCUUCUACUACUUCUUAUUCUACUUCCUCUAAACAUGCUGCUUCGGCUACUGUUGCUGCUAAUCAGCAACGUUUGGAUUUAACAAGUUCAGGGUCGUCGAAAACCACCGUGCCUGUGCCCGCAGCAGCAACAACCUCCACCGCCACCACCUCAUCGACCACCACGGUCCUGCAACAUAAUCCCCUGUCGCCAACACAAAUCUUUCCCACAGCUCAAAUAUUACCGGUGCAAUAUUCCAAUCUGCCUCAACCGCAACAGCCAAGCGCCGCUCAUGUUUUGGCUCCCGGACAGUCGAUAAUAGCUUUGGGCGGUGGCGGUUAUGUGUUGCUGCCACAGGCGGUGCUGGCAGGUGUAAGUGCAGGUGCAACCGCUGCGGCACCCAUGUUCCUUCAACAACAGCAUACGCCCCAGUUGCAUAUGCAUCAGCAACACAUAGUGGUGAGUGAAGUCAAUAAUGAACAACAACAACAAAAACAGCAACAACAAGAACAACCACAACCAGACUCUCCCAGCAAUGAUGAUGUUAUGCACUCUCCACCUGGCUCGAACACAAUUUCUGCCACACCAAACGCCCACCCAGGCAAUAUUAAAACCAAUACUACUUCUUCCACAUCUUCUGCCCCAGUAACAUCAACAACCCCUACAACACCCAAAACCAAAGAGGUUAGAACUAUCAACACAAAACCCCCCACCCCUUCCUAUAGUGAUUUAAAAUUCCCCAGUAUUUCAGAUCUCUUAGAUAGCAACACACCAAAUAAUUAUCAAAAUACCACAACCUCACCGAUGGUUCAGUUCUCGUCGACUUCAUCAUUUUCCAUAGAUUCGUCAACAUCUUCACUACAUCGCCGCUAUAAUUCGCAAACAUUAAAUGCGGCCACUUAUUGUGAGGCAGAGGGUAUAUCGACGGAAGAUAUCUAUGCCACAAUUGAAGAGGAGGCCAUUUAUAGUAAUACCUCCUUUUUCGAUUCGAGGCGUAGCAGUGAUACUUCCUUGAAUUGUCGCACCUCCAUGUCGCCGCCACCACCUCCCUUGCCUCCGAAGAGGCCACAAAAACCCCCAAUGCAAAAAUUGCGUAAAGCCCCUGCCCCACCAACAGCAGCAGCGGCUGGUGGUCGUUCACUAAAAUUGCGUUCACAAUCCCAACCACAAUUAAGUUUAGCUAACGAAAAUCAAGCGACAGUCUCAUCCUCCAGCCGUCAACCACCACCGGCAUCAGCUUCUCUGACAUCAAGUGAAGUUGACGACGAUGAUGACGACGGCGGCGGUGGUGGUGUACCUUGUACCCUGUCGUCGUUGUUGUUGUUGAUUUUUUUGGGCGUACUCAAUUCCUUAAUCUAA